AUGGGAAGCAUGCUUGCCCCUGAUUGGACAAAGGUGGAAACCCAGAGUCUUGUGGGUUUUGCCACUGCAACUCUGACUAAUGGAAUUUUGCGCCAUAUUCUGGGAAUCUCAAGUGUGGGCCUGACCAAUGUCUAUCAUGCUGGACUGCGGUCUGAUCCGAAGAUUCCCGGAAUGGAGACUCGCCAAGACUGCUCCACCACUUUCAGCGGGAUGCGGGAUCUGGGAGCUGAUGGGGACCAGGAGCAACAGCAUGGUGGGAAUGCAAUGGUCUUGAAGGACGGAGAGGAAGGAGGCAAGGAGGGGCUUGAGCAGAGCAAGCCCGCUCAGGGAGAGCUUGAUGAGGGCAAACUUGCUCUGGGCGAACUUGCUGAAGGCAAGCCUGCUCAAGAGGAGCCUGCUCAGUGCAGUCUCGCUCAGGAAGCCACAGAAGAGGCUAAGGAGGGAGAAGUCAAAGAAGAAGCAAUGGGAGGAGGCCAUGCUGCCGCUGGUAGUUCUGGCCCCGUGGACAACGAGGUCCAUGAGGAAGGUGGCCAGGGCGGCAGCGGGGCUCAACAGCAGCCUCAGCAAGAGGGGGCGGCGGCGAUGCCUGAGGGCGCCAAUAGUCUCCAGACUAGGGAAAGGCUGCCUGUCAGGCGCCGCACCAGAUUCACCCUGUCUCAGCUGCAGGAUCUGGAGCAGCUUUUCCAAGAGAAUCGCCACCCCAGCUUGCAUAUGAGGAAGGAUCUUGCAAGAUGGCUGGGUGUGUCUGAAGAGGACGUGCAGGAUUGGUUUAGGAACAGGAGAGCCAUUUGCCGGAGGAAUACUAGAUUGCUGGUGCUGUGCAGUACUCCCCCUGCUCCCGAGAACAGCGAUGCCUGA